AUGCGUUGUAGUGGAUAUUGUAGUAUAUUUAUCUAUGGUUUUGCAUUAAUGUUAGCAUUAGCCGGUACAACAGAGUUAUAUCGAUCAAAAGAAUUUAUCAUUGGUCAAUGUCAAAUCAAUUCAAUUAUUAUGAUAAGAAAAGUUGGACCUAAGGGACGUGAUGUCUUUUUUAAACAUUGGAACGUAACAGUGAUAUAUGAAAAUGAAAUCGAUAAUAUACUAAUUAUCACACCAGGUGGUGGUACGUACAAUUUGGAACGGUUUACAUCAAGAAACUAUCAGAUUAAUGAAAUAUAUCCAUGUUAUCAUUCUCCAUAUAAUACAACAGAUAAAGAAUGGGAUUGGCAAUGGACUGAACCAAAAAAACAGAGAGCCUAUGGUUAUUUAACUGGAGCAUUGGCUUUCUUCAUUUGCGGAACGGUAGAAAAACUAACAGAAGCUUUAACAUCGGUGUGGUUAUCAAUACUUUAG